UCCUCUAAAACUCACAACUCGGUUUGACUAAAUUCCACCAUGUGAAAAGCUUGCACCAAAAUGAAAACCCCACUUACAUUAUUAUAAGGAGAGGAGCAAUGAAAAAAAGGUGAGAGCAACCGUACUAUGUCAUUUGAAGGAAAUCAAAAACGUGUGGACGGUCACUCACAAUUUUUUAAUCAAUUUCUCCUUCUUUCUAUAUAUACCCUUCUCAUCUAAAUCACUAUGCCUCAAGAAAACACUCAUUUCUAACUAAUAAUUCCUCCUUUUUUUUCUCUCUCUUUUCUUUCUCCCAUAAAUUUUUGAAAAAAAGAGACCAUUGAAACAUAAAUUGAAGAGAGAAUUUAUUAUUAUUAUUAUUAUGGCACUAGCUAAAGAAAUUAUGGGUAUUUCCUUAGUGGAGAAAUCUUCAGUUAUUAGCUCAUCAAAGGUGUUUUUGAAUCCCAAUUUCUAUCAGAAAGAAAACCAGUUAUGUGUCAACCGACAGUUUCAAGGGAGGAGGAAUUUGAGAACAAGGAGAGUACUGAGGCAGAGUCCUAUGGCGGCUAUAAGUGAAAAUUUGAUCAAAGUUGUACCUGAAAAGGCAGUGAAAUUCAAAGUAAGAGCUGUAGUUACAGUGAGGAACAAGAACAAGGAAGAUCUGAAGGAAACAAUUGUUAAGCAUUUGGAUGCUUUCACUGAUAAAUUUGGAAGGAAUGUUUCCUUAGAGCUCAUUAGCACUGACAUCGACCCAAAUACAAAAGGGCCGAAGAAAAGCAACCAGGCAGUGUUGAAGGAUUGGUCUAAGAAAUCGAACUUAAAAACAGAAAGAGUAAAUUACACAGCUGAAUUUGUUGUGGAUUCAAAUUUUGGGACUCCAGGUGCGAUCACAGUGACUAACAAGCACCAACAAGAGUUCUUUCUGGAGAGUAUUACGAUUGAGGGAUUUGCAUGUGGUCCAGUUCAUUUCCCCUGUAAUUCAUGGGUUCAGUCCAAAAAAGAUCAUCCUGGAAAAAGAAUAUUCUUCUCUAAUCAGCCAUAUCUACCCAAUGAGACACCAGCGGGACUCAAAUCAUUAAGAGAGAGGGAGCUGAGAGAUCUAAGAGGCGAUGGAACAGGCGUCAGAAAAUUGUCUGAUAGAGUAUAUGAUUAUGAUAUAUACAAUGAUCUUGGCAAUCCUGAUAAGGGCAUUGAUUUUGCUCGUCCUAAACUUGGAGGAUCCAAUAACGUUCCUUACCCAAGACGUUGUCGCACUGGUCGUGCUCCUACAGACACUGAUAUGAGUGCGGAGAGCCGUGUGGAGAAGCCAAAACCAUUGUAUGUUCCAAGAGAUGAACAAUUUGAGGAGUCUAAGAUGAAUGCUUUCAGAACUGGAAGGCUUAAAGCGGUGCUCCAUAAUUUAAUUCCAUCGUUAAUGGCCAGCAUCUCAACGAACAAUCACGAUUUCAAGGGAUUCUCAGACAUUGAUAGUCUUUAUAGUAAAGGGCUACUUCUGAAGCUUGGUCUUCAAGAUGAAAUGUUAAAAAAGCUUCCAUUGCCUAAGGUCGUUAGCAGUAUCCAAGAAGGGGAUCUACUCAAAUAUGACACGCCAAAGAUACUCUCAAAGGACAGAUUUGCUUGGUUACGAGACGAUGAGUUUGCUAGACAAGCAAUAGCAGGAGUCAAUCCAGUGAACAUUGAAAGACUUCAGGUUUUCCCACCAGUAAGCAAGCUUGAUCCUGAGAUCUAUGGCACUCAAGAAUCCGCCCUCAAAGAGGAACACAUUCUUGGUCAUCUCAAUGGCAUGACCGUUCAAGAGGCAUUGGAUGCAAAUAGGCUGUAUAUAGUGGAUUACCACGAUGUUUACCUGCCGUUUCUUGAUCGGAUUAAUGCCCUUGACGGCCGCAAAGCAUAUGCAACCCGCACCAUAUUUUUCUUGUCUGAUUUGGGUACUCUCAAACCCAUAGCCAUUGAGCUUAGCCUCCCCCAAACUGGUCCAAGCUCACGGUCCAAACGUGUUGUCACACCACCUGUUGAUGCCACUGGUAACUGGAUGUGGCAACUGGCCAAAGCACACGUCUGUUCUAAUGACGCCGGCGUUCACCAACUCGUCAACCACUGGUUGCGUACACAUGCGUGCUUGGAACCAUUUAUAUUGGCAGCACACAGGCAAUUAAGUGCGAUGCAUCCCAUUUAUAAGCUUCUGGAUCCGCAUAUGAGAUACACACUAGAAAUUAACGCAUUGGCUCGCCAGAGCUUGAUCAGUGCCGAUGGUGUAAUCGAGGCUUGCUUUACUCCUGGUCGCUAUUGCAUGGAGAUGAGUGCUGCUGCCUACAAGAAUCUUUGGCGUUUUGAUUUGGAAGGCCUCCCAGCUGAUCUUAUCAGAAGAGGGAUGGCAGUACCGGACCCAACACAGCCUCAUGGACUGAAACUUCUAAUAGAGGACUAUCCCUAUGCGGCAGAUGGACUCAUGAUAUGGGCCGCAAUAGAGGGCUGGGUUCGCAGCUAUGUAAAUCACUACUACCCGGACUCGGCCCAAGUUUGCAAUGACAGAGAACUCCAAGCCUGGUAUGCUGAGUCCAUUAACGUGGGCCAUGCAGACCUCCGUAAUGAAGAGUGGUGGCCCACGUUAGCUACGCCAGAAGAUCUCAUUUCGAUCCUCACCACCCUCAUCUGGCUAGCUUCAGCACAACAUGCUUCACUGAAUUUCGGCCAGUACCCAUACGGUGGCUACGUCCCGAACCGGCCACCUCUCAUGCGUCGAUUAAUCCCCGAUGAGAAUGAUCCCGAAUAUGCAGUUUUUCAUGAUGAUCCUCAAAAGUAUUUCUUCUCAGCUCUACCCAGUUUGUUACAAGCAACAAAGUUUAUGGCCGUGGUUGACACAUUAUCGACUCAUUCACCCGACGAAGAAUACAUAGGAGAUAGACAUCAACCGUCUACCUGGACCGGGGAUGCAGAGAUUGUCGAAGCGUUCUAUGAUUUCUCGUCCGAAAUAAGGAGAAUAGAGAAGGAGAUAGAUGAUAGGAAUGCUGAUACGAGAUUAAGAAACAGGUGUGGUGCUGGUGUGCUACCAUAUGAACUUUUGGCACCAAGUUCUGGCCCUGGAGUAACAUGUAGAGGUGUUCCAAAUAGCGUAUCAAUAUGAGUAUAUAUAUAGUUAUGAUGCAAGUACAUAUAGUAUAGCCAAUGUUUAUAAAGUCCACAAAAUAAUAGCGUGGACUGAUGAGUUUUCUGCAUAUAUUUUAAGAUCAAGAUGUAUGUUUGUAUCUAUAGAUUUUUGUAAGCAUGUUAACUCUAGCAAAGUCCUAUAAUAUAUGAAUAACGACAUUAAAUUUGUUUGACA